AAAGAAGCUGCAGACCAAAAACAGUGGCCUGAAUCCAGCAGGGAGACGAAUAACGCUGUAAACAAACUCGAUCUCGGAUUAGAAAAGAAAAAAAAAGUUUUAAAAUGCCAAGUAAAAAGAAGAAAUACAACGCCAGAUUCCCUCCGGCAAGGAUUAAGAAGAUCAUGCAGACGGAUGAAGAAAUAGGCAAAGUUGCUGCUGCAGUUCCUGUCAUAAUAUCGCGGGCACUGGAACUCUUCCUGGAGUCUCUACUGACAAAAGCAUGCCACGUUACUCAAUCCCGCAACGCCAAAACCAUGACCACGUCACAUCUGAAACAGUGCAUCGAACUGGAGCAGCAGUUCGACUUCCUGAAGGAUCUGGUGGCCGCCGUCCCGGACAUGCAGGGAGAGGGGGACGAAAAUCACACAGAGGGAGCGGAGAGAAUCCCACGCAGAGGCCGAAAGCUCGGCUCAGGACGCAAGAACGGAGGAGCAGGAGCCAAAGGCAAAGACAAGAAGCUGUCAGGCACAGAGUCUGAACAAGAGGAUGACUCCGAGGACAGCGAGACAGAUGGAGACGAGGAGGACGUUCCUCAGCCCAACACGCACCAUCAGGAACCAUCCCAUUUUCACAGCCCAGACAUGCCCCCUCCGUACAUGCCCAUACCCGUGGGUGCCCCUCAGGCCGCUCUGUCCAUGCCCAUCGGCUCUUUCGGCUCACAGCCUUCAGUCAUGGGGAUGAUCCCGCCUCCGAACGCCACGGCGCCGCACAAAGAAGAACACGACGACGACGACGAAGACUACGACUCUUAGCUCCUCAACCUCACCCCGGUCGAACCAUUUUACAUUCGUUUUUCUUAAGUUUUUCUUGUUCGGCUGCAGAACGCAAACGGACGGGACGCGACAGAACUUAAACGGUUAACGUCCAGACACGGGUGAAGGGCGUUAGCAAGCCUGCAGCCACAGCUGAAGAAGAAGAAUGGGUUGUAUAUUAGCUCUGUGUUUUAAUUUCUUUUUUUAAGAAUUCUUAUUUUACUGUCCAGGUUAAAAGCGGACAAUUGGUUUAGGCUAUUUUUUAAAAAACAUAAAACAAAACAAACAAAAAAAAAAUUUUGUUGCAUUCUUGGCUCACAGUCUCUUUUUUGGAAUAUGUCCCUAAGCUCUUUUUAUUUAAUAAUUUUUUUUUUUUGUAAAUUAAAAACCCAUGCUAGUUAUUCCCUCUAGUCUUUUGCACAUUUUUUUUUUGUUUCUCUGUUAAGAUAGGCCGUGAUUCCUUUUUUUUUUUUUAUUAUUAUUUGUAAUUUUUUCCCCCCAACAGUCCGCCAAUUAGCGACUUUAAAAGCAUAGCACAAUUUUUUUUCCAUUCUUUGCUAUUUAAGUUUCAUUUGUGGUGUCACCGACACCUCAGAUCAAUCGUGGGGAAAUCCGGCUGCAACAAAGAUGAAGGACGUUCGCGGCGUUAAGGAAUGUGACGUGUAUGAAUUGGGAAAUGGCCUGACACAGUUAACUCUGGUCCAACAGCCUCGCAUUAAUGCUGUUAAUUCUGUCAGGCUUAUAUAGAGCUGUGGUGUGUGUGUUGUUUUUUUUUUUUUGUUUGUUUGUUUUUUGUUUUUGUUUUUUUUUUCCUUCCCUUAAACAAGACUCAGUUUUGUUUGUUUUUUUUUGUUGUUGUUUUUUUUUUUGGAACAUUUUAAAUAUAAACCAUGUUGUUCUCCAGUGUGGAUUUUAGUUUUGUUUCUUUCAAGGUUUUUUUUUUUUUUUUUUUUUUUUCUUUUUUUUAAUUUCUCUCUUUUGACCGAGUUGAACUCUAGGCUGAGAUCGAAAGGAUUAACUGUUUAAAAAAAAAAAAAAAGUCAAACUUGCACAAGACCGAAUCACAAACAGAAUCGUGAGCCACGUCCCCCUGUACAAACCGACCGGACAACCAAAUGCACAUUUAUAUCCACGCUAUUCAUCACCAUCUUGUAUCUUUUAAAUUGUUUUUAAUGUUCUCCAACGAGGCCCGUGACGAGCCAGAAACACUUCUAUCCUUCCCUCAUACAGUACCUUGUUUUUGUGGCUGUCUCUCUUCAGGUGUGUAAAAGUUUUGGCUGCUCCGAGGCUGUAUGUGAAACUUUUAACAUUCUUAUUAUUUUAUAUAAGUGAAAUAAAGUGCAAAUUUCGGUA